AUGGCCGCUGUUGCUCGCUCUAUCCGUCCCUCUGCUUUCCGGGCCCUCGCCCAGAGGCCUCUUGCCCCCUCCCUCGGCGCUGCGCCUGCUUUCCGCUUCCCGCGGGGAACCCGGAGCUUCUCGCAGAGCCCACUGGCUCAGGUGAAGAAGUACACCGAGUCGCACGAAUGGAUUGAGCUUGCCGACGGCAGCAACAUCGCCAAGAUUGGUAUCACCAAGUACGCCGCCAACUCUCUGGGUGACGUCGUCUUCGUUGAACUCCCGGAGGCCGAUCUCGAGGUCGGUGCCGGUGAGCCUGUCGGCGCUGUCGAGUCCGUCAAGUCUGCUUCGGAUGUGCUGUCCCCCGUGGCCGGCAAGGUCAUCCGGGGUAACGCCGUCCUGGAGGACGAUGCUAAGACCAUCAACGCCAGCGCUGAGGGCGAUGGCUGGAUUGCUGAGAUUGAGGUUGCCGAUGUCGCUGAGCUGGAUGCUCUGCUGGAUGAGGCAGCCUAUAACGAGACCCUCGACCAUUAA